AUGAAGUCCGUAGCAAUUGUUUUUUUCGCGUUGUGUGCCGCGCUGCGGUGCUUCGGCAUCAACCCCGCCGCCUCCCGGCAGGAGGCACGGGAGUCGUUCGGCAUGGACGACGUGCUGAACAACAUCCAGCAGGUCGGCAGCGACAAGGAGCACGAUGACUCUCGGCUGCAGCAGUUCUCCGCGCUGCUCGAAACCGCUGGGAUCCCGGUGAAAGACCCGGAGUCUAUGGAACAGCAUGAGAAGGAUGUGUACGACCGCAUCGAGGCGCUCGUGGGUAAAUCCAACGCCAGGAUCAUCACGUACAUCGCUUCCAUCGCGGAACAUACGCAAAGCAAGUCCGGCAAUCGUCCGAAUGCGUCUUCGCAUCAGGCUUCGGGGUUUCUGCUGGAGCAGAUCCUCGCGGCGCUCGAGGCGCAGGGAAGCGAUUUCAACUUCCUGAAGAUAGAAGAGUAA